UUGCACAUUAGCCUUUUAUUAUAUAGGAUUAUCUCACCGUUAGGAGGCACAUGCCUUUGUUACUUUGUUUUUCAGAUGAGAAAACCAAGGACCCCAGAGGCUGGUGACUUGCUGAAGACCACACAGCCAAUAAACGGCAGAAGUAGGACUGGAACUUGGUCUGUCCAGCCCCGGAGUCUGUGUUUGUGCUGCUGCGUCCCAGGACCACUCCUACCUGUGGCCCAGCUCAGGCUACACUGCCUCGGCUCUUGAAAUCAGUGAAUCCAGGGGCACCCACUCAAUCUAAAGCAGUUUCUUGCCUAAAAACUAGAGAGUGGAACACUGUGUUAGUGCUGGCAGCAGUAGCUGCAGUGCCUGGCAUUUCCCUCCUGCUCCUCCCCAGGGCUGCUCAGUGAUCCCUGGUGAAAUAAAUAAGCCUGUCUUAUUAUGUCAUAGGUUACUUCCAACCUCAUAAUAGCACAGCUUGCUGGGUGCUCAGCACCGCUGUGGGGACCCAUUUCUGCUCAGUUAUUUCCUCUCCACGCAAGGGUAGACAUGUGGCCCACAGGAUGGAUACUGACUACCUGAAGAGGUGCUUUGGGAACUGCCUUGCCCAGGCACUGGCAGAGGUGGCGAAGGCUCGGCCCAGCGACCCCAUAGAGUACCUGGCUCACUGGCUUCUUCACUACGGGAAAAUCACUAAAGCACGGGAAGAGGGCAGGCAGAAGAAGAUCCAGCUGAAGGAGGAAUAUGAGAAUAGCCUCAAGGAAACCCAAAUGACAGAAAUGCUGAAGCAAGAGGAGUAUCAGAUUCAACAGGAGCAUGAAAAGUGUCACCAGCCACUGGUGUCUGCAGCUAUUUCCACAAAGGAGACCAUAUUCAUGCAGGAG